UUUCCACAAUCGUUAGGUCAAGACGACGCGGUACAAGCUGUAGCUAUGGUGGCACUGGUGGAGUCUUUUGCGCGAUAGGGGCAAUGCUGGUGACGACUUCUCCAACCAGGUGUGUUAGAGCUACUCCAGAUCAUUGCCGCCCUUAGAAAUCCUCCUUGUUGGUCUCGCGAGGCUUUUGGCUUGACCAUGGAAAAUCGUCCACUCCGUCACUUCCUGUCCGUAUACGCUGCUGACCUAGCGACAGGAGGAACUAGAGCGCUCAAAAAGUAUGGAACACGCCGAAGCUCUAGCUCACUGAGCAGCGAUCUCCACUCCAUUCCGCGAGGAUGGUUUAGCGAUUUUGGGCUUGGUGAGCGAAUUCUACUCUUUUGGCGAAGAUGGUUGAGCAGCAGGGAUCUAGCUGGUGGCUGCAAUUUGCUGCGCUCACCCGAAAGUGUUGGAAGGUGCUGCUCCACAGGAAGAUCUCCCUCGCGGCUUAUGUGUUUGCUCCUCCCCUCGCGGUGAUAGUACUCUAUAUCCUCUUCUCCACCGUUGCGCUCGAUGACUCCGACUUGAAGAACGACGACCGGCUCCAGAGCGUUCCCGAUGGCUUGACUCGCUGCGUUGUUGUGGAUGCUCGAGGAAACCGGAUGGAGCUCAAGAGCUUCUCAGCACCGAACUCGUCCCAAUCUCUCCAGCACUGUAUCACGAUUGGAUUUGUUUCUGACGCUGGAAACAACGCGAAAGUCGUCAUGCAACAGGUGGCCAACUCGGUGGGACUUGAGUAUGGUGUUGACGUGGUGGAGUUCCCCAGCAACCAGAGAAUGUCCGAGUUUAUGUGGAAGAAUCCCGGCCAUGUCGAUCUCGCUGUCUCUUUUUUCCCGGACAACUUCCACGCUUAUGAUGUCUGGAUGAACAGAAGCUACACGAGAGCCUACGAAUUCGGUGCUCUCAAGAAACUGGAUCCAUUUCUCAAGUCACAAGGUCUAUCUGGCAGGCUGCUCACACUCCAAAAAUCUCUCGAUACUGCUAUUAUUUCGACAUCAUCCCGAGGCCAACAGCGUUUCUCGUUGCAAGUUGGAGCUUUCACUGACAUUAGAAGCGACGAGAAAAUUUCCAGAGAAUCGGAUGUUGGUGCCGGGCAAGAGACCGGAUGUGACGAACCUACGUAUCGGGUGAGAACUCAAGUCGUGAUUGGGUUCAUGGGAGGCACCUUGAUAGCAACUGGAGUUGGGAUCUCGACUAUUGUGGUGAUAAUGAUCCUUGCUUCGGAGAAACAAAAGAGAUUGAUUGGAAAACUACGUCAGAUGGGGCUGCAAGAAAGCGCACACAUUGCUUCUUGGACGAUCGCGUUUCUUUUGCUCUCGUUUGUGAGUUCCCUGCUUACGGUGAUUAUCAUGAAGCUCGUUUCGGGAUCACACCAGCUCUUCGCCUUCAAAUACACUUCAUUUGGUGUGCUUUUUGUAACUCUCUACGCUUUUCAAAUAGCCAUGAUCGGGGUAGCGCUGAUUGUUGCGGCGCUCUUUACAAAGCCCGUGUGGAUCAUGACAGUUUCGUCCCUGAUUUUCUUGGGGAUACUCUUCUCGACAAUGACGAUGAACCUUACUAGUUUGACCAUGGGCAUGUUUGGCGUUGAUGUGUCUGGGAAUUGCGUGAGAAUGGACAAUCCUUACAGUGGAUUCUGGGCUCCUCACAAAGCCACUCACUUCAUGGAGUUUGUUAUUUUCUGGUUUCCGUGGAUAAGUUACGGACGGAUAGUUCUAGAAAUGUAUGCAACCACGAUCUACGGCAGGAAAAGUUUUUCAUUCCAUGAUCUCCAAUCUACGAUGCAUUAUUUAAAGUCCGGCAGCGAGGUGGCCACUGUAUAUUCAGCACCUUCUCUUCUUGCUUCUGUGUUUCUGAUGCUUGGGCUUUGGAUCGUCAGCAUCCCACUAGCAUGGUACCUUUCACAGGCUCUUGCUGGAAGAACAAACGGAAGAAGAAGUUGGAGGUUUCCUUUUCAAAGGGGAUACUGGGGAUACACUGCGGCUGCUGGAUUAUACACUCGAGGUGACACAUUUGCUGAAGAGAGGCAAAAGUCGCAGCAAGAAAACUCUUUGCGAAUCCUAAAAAUGUCAAAGAGCUACAAACGUGGAACUGCUCUACGCGAAGUCUCGGUGACAAUGAACAACGGAGAAGUUUUUGUUCUCCUUGGCCACAAUGGUGCUGGAAAGUCGACUCUGAUUAACGUUUUAACUGGCUUGACGGAUGCAACUUAUGGAGAAGCUUAUUUCAGAGGCUGCAGUUUCUCAACAGACAUGGCACAGAUUCAAGCAGUGUGUGGAAUUUGUCCUCAGUUUGACGCUCUUUGGGAUGAGCUAAACGCGGAAGAGCACUUGUACGUGUGUGCUGCCAUGCAGGGUCUUCAUGGGAAGUACGCUGCCGAAGAAAUCAAGCGUGUUCUUGCAGCAGUGGAUCUUUCAGAGGAGGGUAAAAACAUGACAACGACCUUCUCUGGAGGCAUGAAGCGAAGGCUAUCAGUUUGCAUGGCCGUGCUGGGUGACCGUCGUAAACUUAUCUUCCUGGACGAGCCAACCACAGGCGUUGAUACAAUAAACAAGAAGCGAAUCUGGGAGCUCAUUGAGAAGGUCAAAGAAGAAAAGAUAGUGGUUUUAACAACACACAACAUGGAGGAGGCCGACGCUCUUGGAGAUAAAAUCGCAAUUUUGCACCAAGGAACUCUAAAAGCCGUUGGUUCAUCUCUAUUCUUGAAGAAAGAGUUUGGUUCUGGUUAUCAGAUCUCUUUGCUUCUAGCCUCUCCCGAAGACGCGCCGGAAGUCGAGGCUAUUGUCAAACGCGUUCUUCCGGGAUCAAAAAUUGUCCAGUCCGCGGCUGGAAACUUGAAGGUUUCACUUAACCACAACACAGCACUAGCCAUUCCAAAACUUUUAACCGAGCUCAGAGUGAGGCUACCCGGGAGAGAGAAAAGCGAGCCUCCGACUUCGUCCAAAUAUCUCAAAGAAUGGGGUAUCUCCAACACAACUCUGGAAGAAGUUUUUCUCCGGCUCAGCGCUCGAAAUGACCACCAAGUGACUGAAGAGAACGAGAACGAGAGUCCCGAUGUUGAGAAGCUGUGCCUUAUGUGUGGGGUGAAAAGAGUCGACGUUGUUACUCUCUACACGCGCUCUGGGAUUUCCGUCAAGGUACCAAAUGCGGUGUGCUUAACGUGUGCUUUGGCAGAGCAAGCUCCAGUUAUGAUGGACUCCAUCGCAGAAGAUGAGAACCACGAAAGCCAACCUUUAAACGAAAGUUACGAAGAGCUCACCGAGAGUUUUGGUCCGCCUCCAAACACUCAAGUCCGUGGUGAGAAUCACGUAAACAAUGGGGAAAAUCAAAACGAUCCAGCUCCAACGACGGUUACGAGCAACGCUGGGUUAUUCCGAUCGCAGAUACGCGCGGUGUUAUACAAAAACUUUCAGCUCAACUUGGCACAGAAGAAGGCCUUCGCUUUCUACUUUCUUACGUUCGUGGUAUACGUGCUACUCAUGAAGUUUUUCGGAGGAUCGAUCUCCGGGACACGCCAGAGUUUCUCCGAGAACGUCUGUCCGGGAAGGAGCGAUCUGGUUGACAGUGGCUACUGCAGCGCUCAAAACUUUGAAGCUGGUUUCUUCCACAUUGAUCUAUCGUGGACUGCUCUCUCCUCAGCUCUCGCUCCAAUGCUUCUCAACUCGACUUUAGAUCCAAGCUCGAGGGUGGCAGUGACACCGGUGGUAUGGUACUCUUCCCAAGGAGACCUCGAUCUCAAUUAUACUUUCACUGGCAGCAACAAGUCUACGGUGGUGGCGCUCAAACAAAUUCAGAAUCCAGAUCCUAAUGCUCUGUUCGUAUCCGGGCAGCAAGAUCUCCAGAGAAAAUCUGUCCGAGUCAGAGUUCCGUUCUGCUCAUCCAACGCUCGAGCCAGUGACGGCGAUCGAGUUUAUAUUGAAGACCUCUCCACGGCCACCGCAACUUAUGAUGCUUUGUUCCCGACUUCCGGCCUGGCCUGGUCGACUUACUCGUCGGGAGGUUCUAGCGAUCGUCAUGUCGCAGCUACUGUGAGAUACAAAUCCAGGUUCCACUCGUACGACGCAACAAGGAUUUGGAUACGCAUGAGAAACGUAACGUCUGGUUUGUGUGGCUUCUCCGGCAGCAGCAGCACUUAUAAAGAUCUCGCUCAGCUCUACACCGAUCCACCCUCGACCUCCUCCUACAUGGUCGCCUCAGUAGCUCCCUUCCUCGCGAUGAACGCUAUAAGCAACGGGCUAGCUUCCACGGCUGACAGCAAUGCUCCAGCGAUCACGGCCAGGCUUAGAGUUUAUCCGGAUCUCGAGUUCGCAGGCAACCGACAGGACGAUGGUGUUUACAACCCGGCGACGCUCCUCUUCGCCAUCAUGGGACUGUCAACGUUCUUCCCUCUCUACGUCCGGAGGCUCGUCAUGGAGCGUCAAACUGGACUCCUCCACUUGAUGGUGAUCGCUGGGAUGAAACCAUCGGCGUACUGGCUUGGAAACUAUCUCUACGACUUCAUCCUCUCAGUGAUCGAUGGGGUGGUGUUCUUCGUAAUUGGAAGACUGGUCGGAAGUAGCUUCGUCCACGCCGAUCCGCUCAUGUCCGCUUUGAUCAUCUUGGCUUGGGCUCACGCUCUCAAUGGCAUGUCAACUUUCACGGCCGGGUUUUUCAGCAGCGUUCGAGCCGCGUCGUUCGUUGCCAUCGGGAUCAUCAUCACUGCUGCUGGCUGCGUCUUCGUCAAUCUGAAGUACAAGGAUCAAAGUUCCAUGCCUGCUGGAGCCGCCAUCUUUCCACCCCUGGCUUUGGCUCGAGUUCUCUAUCUUCUCUUUGCUGGAGUGAGGCAAGGCGAGCUUAUUACGGAUAUUGUGGUACUUCUCCUUGGCAGCACGCUGUUAUACGUCGCUGGAGUGCUCGUCAACCAGGCUAGAGCGUCGCUCAAUCCCUUCGGGUGCUUCUCUAGAUUGUUCACGAGGGAAAAUAAGUUUUUGGACGAGGAAGCAAAACAAGAUGGGACAUCCGACUCCGAAGACAUUGCUAUGGAGGUGGACAAAGUUCGAAACGCUCAGCCUGGAGUACUGGCGAUCAAGACACAAAACUUGAGGAAGAUUUAUCCGGCCUCGAGCGGGAAGGGAGCCAAAGUAGCAGUGGACAAUCUCACGCUCGGCUUGCAGUAUGGUGAGAUCUUUGGACUCCUAGGAGCAAAUGGAGCAGGGAAAACUACAGCACUCUCGAUGCUAUCCGGCUCUCUCGCACCCUCGGCAGGAACUAUAGAGAUUGGAGGAAAAGUAAUUACCGGGAAGAACGAGCUCUCUCCCAACCAGCUGAGCAUCUGUCCUCAAUCGGAUGUCGUAUGGAAGGAUCUCUCGGUGUGGUCGCACUUCAUGAUAUACGCUUAUAUCAAAGGCUUGAGUUCCGCGCAAGCUCGAGCUUCCAUUCAGACAAUCGCUGGCGAGCUUUCACUCAAUGGCGACUCGUUUCACAAGAAAGCGUCUAGCUUAUCUGGAGGUCAACUGCGUCGGCUCUCUUUCGGUGUUAGCCUCGUUGGGAGUCCCUCGAUUCUACUCAUGGACGAAAUAACAACCGGCCUUGAUCCUGUAAGUAGAACAACGAUCUGGGAUGUUGUAAACAAGCAAUCCAAUGCUGGACGCUUGAUUCUACUCACAACACAUUCCAUGGAAGAGGCUGAUACUCUUUGCACCAGGAUUGGUAUCAUGGCUCAUGGGAAAAUGAAGUGCCUUGGAGCUCCACUUCAUCUCAAGAAUCGUUACAGUAAUGGCUACACUCUCACUGUUGUGACGCAGAAAGACGACCACGAGAGCUCCGAGACAAUUGCUUCGCUGAUCAAAAGAGCUGCUCCAGAUGCCACUCUUGUCUACUCAUGGCGCCGAGUUCGCAAGUUUUCCAUCAAGAUCUUCGAUCUAAAGUAUCUGUUCCAGUUGCUAGAAGACGAUGCGAACAAACUCGAGCACGGGAUUCGAGAGUGGCAGAUCGAGCAAACGACACUUCAAGACGUUUUUCUGAAAGUUUCCGAGCACGAGUGAGCUUGCAUAUCUGCUAUAUUAUAGAAGAAGAGCCCGAGACCAGGCUUCAUUGUUUACAG